ACAUAAUGGAACAUUACAAGGCCCUAACGAUAAAGACUUCGAGCUAAGCCUGCUGGUACGUUUUCUUGAAGUGCGUGUUAUAUAAUAUGUAAUCGUCACUUUUCGCUCUGUUUAAUUAUAUGUGUAUAAAUACGAAUCAAGGCAUACACAUUUCAUAUCAAACACAGGAAAAAAAUAAAAACGUGGAGAUAAACAGGUGGGGAAUCUAAUUUAGAGAGAGAGAGAGAGAGAGAGAGAGAGAGAGAUAUUAUAGCCAUGGCAGAUGAAGAAAGCAGCAGUCAUGGAAAGGUGGUAAAAGUGAUGAAAAGUGCAAAGCCUUAUCUUUUAAUGGUGGGUUUGCAGUUUGGAUUUGCAGGGAUGUAUAUCGUCAGCAAGAGUACUCUUAACCAUGGCAUGAAUCAAUACGUUCUCGUUGUGUAUCGCAAUGCUUUCGCUGCUCUAUCACUUGCUCCUUUUGCCCUUUUACUCGAAAGGAAAACAAGACCGAAGAUGACAAUCCCGAUCUUUUUGCAGAUAAUGGUCCUUGGAUUUACAGAGCCAAUCCUCGAUCAAGGCUUCUCAUACUUGGGAAUGAAAUACACAUCCACAUCAUUUACGUCAGCUCUUAUGAAUGCCGUUCCAUCUAUCACUUUCGUAAUCGCUCUUAUUUUUCGGUUAGAAAAGGUAAAGAUGAAGGAAAGACGCAGUCAAGCCAAGAUUAUAGGCACAAUGGUAACCUUUUCAGGGACUUUGCUGAUGACCAUCUACAAAGGCCCUGUUGUCGAUCUCUUUACCUCAAGCAAAUCAAAUUAUAAUGGAAGUAGCAGCGGCGACGAAACCGGCAAACACUGGCUCUUGGGUACAAUUUUUAUCCUCAUUUCCUGCACUGCUUGGUCCAGUUUCUAUGUCAUGCAAUCGAUAAUGUUGAAGAAAUACCCAGCGGCGCUGUCACUGUCGGCGUUGAUAUGCGCGGCGGCGACGGUGCAAGGUGGAGUACUAGCAGUAGCUGUAGAGCAUAAUGCCAGUGCUUGGAAACUUGGCUGGGACUCUAAGCUACUUGCGGCUGUCUAUGCGGGAGUAGUUAACUCCGGAAUUGCAUAUUACGUGCAAGGCGCAGUAAUGAAAAGCAGAGGCCCAGUGUUCGUUACGGCAUUUAAUCCUCUUUGCAUGGUCAUUGUCGCUGUCUUGGGAUCUUGCAUUCUAGCUGAGACAAUCCACCUGGGAAGUAUUAUUGGAGCCAUUAUAAUCGCAGUGGGUCUUUAUUCUGUCGUGUGGGGUAAAAGCAAAGAUUAUUCUGAUUCAGUACCACCUCCACCAUCAUCGUCAUCAACAACAACCAUUCCAAAGGGUGGUGAACCUCAAGAACUUCCACUCACUUCACCAAAUGGAGCUAAAAUUGUAGAUUUUGCCGGAAACAAUAGCGACCAGCAGCAAACUGAAAAAUCAGUAAAUGUUCCAAAUAUAGUGCUCAAAUCAUAAAGGAAAAGAAGUGGCUGAUAUGUUUGUUCCCCACUGCUACUCUUUUCUUUUCAUUUUGUGCUUAAAAACUAUCUUAACAUCAAACCCACUUGUUUCUCUUAUUUGGUAUUCCAAUAAAUAAUAUUAGUCUUUUUGGCCAA